GCUAUGUUCUCUAGUCUUUGGCAUUAUACCCUAUGAUCACAUGAUCACAUCCAAUGCAGUGCUCGCUGGAAGGCCCGAAUGGCCUACUCCUGCACAUAUUGUCUAUGUAAAGACCACUCACAUGCCGGUCAUUCUUUCUUCUUCCUUUUGGUGGAAGAUACAGAAGCUUGAAAACACGUACAACCACAUUCAGGAGCAGCCUCUUCCUCGCUGCUGUCAGACUCGUGAAUGGGCCACUCGUAAACUAACAAUGUAUUCCGAAUCUUCCAAUCCUCCUCAUUCCGACACUUGCACGUUAUUAUCUGCACUUUGCACGUGUAACACUAUUUUCUGCACCCAGGUAUUUUUCUCUUUGCGCUACCUGGUGUCGACGGGUAUGUCAUGAUUGUAUUAUUUGACCAUAUCACGUAUCAACAUUGUUGGCUGUGGUGAACAUGACAUAACUAACAAGGUGGCCAGGGCGCAGCUUGUCAAUUGACCGAUGGCCUGGACGUGGUGUGACCCAGGGCGGCUGCCCGCACCCUACCCCGUCUAUGCCGCUCUCUGUUUGCUGUCGCUCACCUCCGUGGGCCAGGACCUAUCCCGCAAACCGACCACCCCGCCGCUAGUGGAAGGGCAGCCCUUCCAGGUCUACUGGAACGUGCCCACGUCGCACUGCAGCACCCACAGAGGCGUCGACCUGCACUUGGACGACUUUGGUAUUGUAACCAAUAGAAAUGAGAGGUUUCUUGGAGAGAAACUCACGAUAUUUUAUUCUACGCGGUUGGGAAUUUAUCCAACUUAUCAUAGCGGGGAUCCCGAAAAUGGGGGGCUCCCCCAGAACAUGAGCCUGGAGGAACACCUGCGUCAGGCCAGGAUAGACAUCGACAACUUUUUAGUCACGGACUACCAGGGGUUGGCGGUGAUAGACUGGGAGGAUUGGCGCCCCCUGUACGCAAGGAACUGGGGCUCCAAGAGAGUCUACCAGACAAAAUCACAGGAGCUUGUCCGGGGGAGGAACCCCGAUUGGAACCAAACCCAUAUCGAAGCUGAAGCUAAGAAGGAGUAUGAGAAGGCGGCUAAAAUGUACAUGAUGUCUUCCCUGAUGCUGGGCCAGUCGAUGCGACCGAAGGCUUACUGGGGAUUUUACCUCUUCCCGGAUUGCUACAACUACCACUUCAGGGAAGAGUUCCCCACGUACGACGGCCACUGCCCAGACAUCGAGAUCGAGCGUAACAAUGAGCUGACGUGGAUGUGGACUCAGAGCUCUGCCCUCUUCCCGUCCGUCUACCUAGAGGAGAAGAUCAAGUCGGAGCGCGGUGAGCGCGGCAAACUCUACGCCAGAUACCGUAUACGGGAAGCCGUGCGUGUGGCUUUGCUGACCAAAGGGGAAUAUACUCCGCCCAUCUUCCUCUACUGCCGCUCCCACUUCAUCGACAGCACAACCCUCACGCCCCUCAAUGAGAUUGAUCUGGUCCGCACUCUGGGCGAGAGCGCAGCGAUGGGGGUGAGUGGAGCCAUUCUGUGGGGGUCCACCGACUUCUCCAGAACCACGGAAAACUGCCAGGCCGUGAAGGACCAGGUGCAUAAUGUGUUGGGGCCGUACAUCCUGAACCUGACCGCGAGUGUACAGUUCUGCAGCCGGACGCUGUGCUCCAACCACGGCCGCUGCUACCGCCGCAACGCCGACGAGAAUGUUUUCCUGCACUUGAACAGCAGGUCAUUCCGCUUCGUGAAGCGCAAUCGGCGCACUGACAAGGUUCGCAUCAAGGGCCGGGCCAGUCUGUCGGACAGGAGGAAUUACAGAGCCCACUUCCAGUGUCAGUGUUACUGGGGCUGGAACGGCACCCGAUGCAGCCACCACAAAAGGUCCAUCGACUCCUGCCGUGCCAAGACCUCCCCGCUCACACUUGUCCUCUUCCUGCUCCUGAGCCUUCUUCUCAUAUGAUGGAUGUAGUUCCUGUCCAAAAUAAAAACAAUUUCCUGA